GAGUCUGUAAAAAAGAACAAAAACUGCGAAUGAAAAGUGUUUGUGGGAAAGAAAUUAUAGCCUUUUCAUGUGAUUUUCUGAAUUUGUGAUUGUGCAAAAUUCAUUGUAGACUGUGUUUGUUGUAAUAAAUAUUUUUGGAGCAACGUUCCCAAAAAAACGUACCGCUUGGUAGUAAUAUGAGUAAUGUUACCAACCAAAAUGGAACAGGUCUAGAGCAGCAGCUUGCUGGUCUGGACUUGCAGCCUCAGGCUACUAAAAGUGCUGGCCGCUACAUCCCUCCGCAUCUGCGUAGGCAAUUGGAGGCUAAACCUGCUGAAGGCGAAGGGUCUAAGCGUCAAAGCUUAGACAGCAACGAGGGACGGGACACCCGUUCAUCAUACGGAGGCAACUCUAGAACGUACGACCGUGGUGGUCGGCGCGACGACCGCGACCGUGACCGCGACCGUGAAAACGAUCGCGGCUACGAUCAGCGAUACCCGCGCAGUAACCGCGGUCGUGAAGCAGGAAGUCAGAAUGGCGAUUCAGAUCGCUGGGAGUCAGAGCGCUGGUCGGACCGCGGGCGCGGCGGCGGCGCGGGCGGAGCGCGCGAGUCGCGCGACAUUCGCGAGACGCGCGACGUGCGCGAGCCGCGCGGCGAGUCGCGCGACAUCCGCCGCGACGAGGACUACACCGAGCCGCCGCAGCCGCGGAACGACCGGUGGAAGGAGCCGGAGCCCCGCGCGGAGGAGCGAUCCAACUCCCGCUGGCCGUCGGACGACGUGCGCCGCACCUCGUCGCGCAGGGACGAGAAUGAUUGGACAGUCCCGCUACCUCGCGACGAGCGGCAGGAGUUGGAGCUCUUUGGCACUGGCAACACAGGAAUCAAUUUCUCCAAAUACGAGGAUAUACCGGUUGAGGCCAGCGGCGAGAACGUACCGGACUUCAUUACAAGCUUUGAGGAUGUUAACCUGACAGAAAUAAUGCGGGCGAACAUCGCCAGCGCGCGCUAUGACAAGCCGACGCCGGUGCAGAAGUACGCGAUCCCGAUAGUGCUCGGCCGCCGCGACGUGAUGGCGUGCGCGCAGACCGGCUCCGGCAAGACGGCCGCCUUCCUCGUGCCCAUACUCAACCAGAUGUAUGAGGCUGGGCCCAAAAACGUGGGGACAUUCCAGCGACGCAAGCAAUACCCGCUGGGGCUCGUGUUGGCGCCAACGCGCGAGCUCGCCACACAGAUUUAUGAUGAAGCCAGAAAAUUCGCCUACCGCUCGCGUGUCCGACCCUGUGUAGUAUACGGCGGCUCCCCGAUCCACGAGCAGUUCCGCGAGCUGGAGCGCGGCUGCCACCUACUGGUGGCGACGCCCGGGCGGCUGGUGGACAUGCUGGCGCGCGGCCGCGUGGCGCUCGACCACUGCCGCCAUCUCGUGCUCGACGAGGCGGACCGCAUGCUGGACAUGGGCUUCGAGCCGCAGAUCCGCAAGAUCGUCGAGUGCCACACUAUGCCCAAGACCGGCGAGCGGCAGACGCUCAUGUUCUCCGCCACCUUCCCCAAGCAGAUUCAAGUGCUCGCACAGGACUUCUUAUACAAUUACGUGUUCCUCGCUGUCGGACGGGUUGGCUCCACGUCUGAGAAUAUUACGCAGAAGGUUGUAUGGGUAGAGGAACAGGACAAGCGAUCAUUUUUGUUGGAUUUAUUGAAUGCCUCCAAUUUGUUGCAACGUUCGCGCACCGAGGAAGAUCAACUCACUCUGGUCUUCGUCGAGACAAAGAAAGGUGCGGACCAGCUGGAGGAGUUCCUGGACCGCGACGGGUACCCGGUGACAUCUAUCCACGGGGACCGGUCGCAGCGUGAGCGAGAGGAGGCCCUGCGCCGCUUCAGAUCUGGCCAGACGCCGAUAUUGGUGGCCACUGCUGUCGCCGCUAGAGGUCUGGACAUUCCGCACGUGCGGCACGUGAUCAACUUCGACCUGCCGUCCGACGUGGAGGAGUAUGUGCAUCGCAUCGGGCGUACCGGCCGUAUGGGCAACCUCGGUGUAGCCACGUCGUUCUUCAACGACUCCAACCGCGGCCUGGCGCGGGACCUGGUCGAGCUGCUGGUGGAGGCUAAGCAGGAUGUGCCAAAUUGGUUGACGAGCACGGCAGCUGACGGUCGCGCUGGCGGCGGCGGGCGGCGCGCGGGCAGCCGCUCGGGCGGCGGCACUCGCUUCGGCGGCAGCGGCUUCGGGGCGCGCGACUUCCGUACGCAGUCGCGCACGCAGCCGCGCUCCGCCGGACCGUCCGCUAUGGGCAAUGGUUUCGGCUACGGCGGCGGUUCGUACGGCGGCAACUACGGCGGUUCGUACGGCGGCGGUGGCGGCGGUGGCGGUGGCGGUGGCACCGACUGGUGGGAGAACUGCAAUGAACCCUAGGGUGUUACUGCACCUGUGACGUCACUACCAUCAAAUGACGUCACUACCAUCAAACGACGUCACUACCAUCAAACGACGUCGCAACCAUCAAACGACGUCGCUACCAUCAAACGACGUCGCAACCAUCAAAUGACGUCACUACCAUCAACCGACGUUUAACAUCAGUCGACGCCAAUACCAUUAUUCGACGUCCCUACCAUCAGUCGACGUCCUACCACCACUCGACGUCCCUUUCACUACCUGACUAACAUACAUGGAUAACUUCUUAAUUAGAUGAUUUAAUCAAACCGGUUUUGCCGCAUUGUGUUAAAUUUAUUUAUUAAUUGUAUCUUCAAUUAUGUUGUAUCUGUGUUAAAACGUGAGGAGUGUAAUAAUAGUUUAAUUAAAAAUGGUAAUGUACACUGAAAUAUAGUGAGUUUAAAUUUUAUUAAAAAGUAUUGUAAACAUUAUAAUUUUGCUAUAGAGUUAUUAUGGAGUCGAUUUUGCCCCAGUAUUGGGAGAUUGUGUCUAGUAGACUGUAAUUACUUUUGUGAAACGAAUUAAAAAGCGAAAUAUAUCUUAAAUUAAUUGAAUCUUUAGUUAUGUUUAGUUUUAUCCUGCCCCAAUGUAGUUAAUUUUGUACAAAGUUCUCCAUGUAUGUAUCAACAUUUUAUAGUUAACCAUCUCUGUAUGUGAUCGUCACAAUAUGAAUUUUUCCCUAUAGAUAGACGGUGUAACUAGCACGACACUCAGACGGCAAAGCAAAAUAUCCCAGUUCACAAAUAGCUCAUACAAACGACAAGUUUCAAAAUCUUUCAAUCCGACUGGGCGUCGUGCACUUUCGUGUACCGUAAAAUUAAGUAAAUAAAUCAUUAUUGUAAUAUUAUUCGAUUAUUUUCCGCGCGUCGGAUUAAAUUACCCGUGAACUAUUUAAGUAUAGUUUUAAAUGUAAUUGUGAUUCAGAGCGGUGCGUACGUGUGCGUGCGUCGCGAUCGUUGAAUCUCAUGCGCGCCGAACGAUCGCGGACAAUGUUUUAACAAUAUUUUUAAAAUAUUUUAGAUAGAUGUCGUAUCGGGCAUUUCCCGCGAUGCCCGUGGAAGCGAAUCGCGAUCAACUGAUUGCGCGACAAAUGGAAAAGCUACGUUUAGAUUCCAUCGCACCAGUGCUGGUCGCGAUCCGCAAUUUAUUCUUUCAGUAACAAUUAUGUGGAAGUAGUCGAUUAAUAUAGAUUUUUUGAUGUUCCAUCUGUAUCGUGGAUUCGUCUGGAUUGUAUUGAUGCUAUAUUGUAUUUCUAUUUGUCUUUUCCGACCUGUCUCCUUCACGAUUUUCGACAAUUUUAAGCAUUUACGCACCUAAGUCGAUGUAGCUAUUCGAUGCAGUAGAUGAUAGUUGGAGUACCGAUACAGUAUCAUAGUAAAUGUUAUCUAAAUUUUGUCUGUAGAGAUUCCAUAUUGUAACAUCUGUCACCAAUGUGGUCUGUAAUUUGAAUGUGAAUUUACAAAUAAAAAAUAAAACUGCA